UUUUGCCUGGGUCAGGGUAACCUAACCUUCGCUGUAACGCUAGCCUCACAUAAAUGAUUGUCCUGAUGCUUCUUGCCAGGGCUUAUGAUAACAACUUGGAGCUUGCCUUUACAAACAUAUUAUCAUCAGACCAUUCAAACAACUCUGACAGAGUGAUAGCUGGUGGGUCAUAUCCGGUCAUGGAUAGGUCACCACGUGAAGGACGCCAAGAUAGAAAGGGGUGGUACCCAGCGACAGAGAGAACAUAUUCGCGAGUAUUAACGCUUCGGCAUAUUACGGGGCGGUGGGAUAGCCUAGUGGUUAAAGCGCUCGCUCGUCACGCGAGAGGCCCUGGUUCGAUUCCUCACAAGGGCACAGUGUAUGGAGCCCAUUUCUGGUGUCCGCCUUGAUAGUGCUGGAACUUAGCUAAAAGCGGCGUAAAAGCAUACUCGCUUACUCCUGCUUCAUAUUAUGUCGGAGAAGAUCGAGGUCGUUGUGAAGAACUGUGUUAAGCAUGGGGAGGGCCCCCACUGGGACGACACUACACAGUGCCUGUACUACGUGGACAUGUUCGUCGACGACGUCCACAGAUACAACGCCGUCACUGGACAGGACAGCCGUCUAAACCUUGGAGACUCUGUGGCGAGCGUCAUCAUCCCCCGCCAGAAGGGAGGCUUUGUGGUGAGUCAGAAGACAGACCUCGGCCUCUUGGACUCAUGGGAGAGCGGCAAGGUCACCAGCAUUGCGAAGGUCGAGGCCGACGCCAAUAUGUUCAAUGACGGCAAAGUAGAUGCUUCCGGUAGACUCUGGAUUGGGUCUUGUUUCUGUGGCAACGGUAUCGCUGACCCCAACAAGUGGCUAAAGCUUCAGGGCUCAUUGUACAGCCUGGAUAGUGAUGGCAGCGUUAAAAAACACAUCAGUAACAUCAGCAUCGGCAACGGCAUGGACUGGACUGACGACAACAGCGUCAUGUACUACAUCGACUCCAUCCCCAGGCAGGUCUGGGCCUUCGACUUUAACAUCACAGCUGGGUCCAUCAGCAACAAGAGAACUGUAGCAGAUUUCAGCUCAACUGAAAUCCCAGAUCUGGGUUACCCGGAUGGAAUGGCCAUUGAUACGGAGGGGAAAUUAUGGGUGGCCUGUUUUGACGCUGGGAAAGUUGUCCGACUCGACCCCGAGACUGGCAAAGUGAUCCGCACUGUCAAGUUCCCAUGUGAAAAGAUAACUUCCUGUUGUUUCGGCGGGGAGGACUUCACCGACCUCUACGUCACAUCAACGCCGUACAUGAUGACCGAAGCAGAAUUGGAGAAAACACCACUGGCUGGGUCAAUCUUCAAGGUCACCGGGUUAGGAGUUCGAGGCCGCAAAGCUAACAUGUUCUCUGGAUAAAUGUUUUUCGUUCAAUGCAUUUUCAAAGACAAAGCUUUUCAACCAUUUGUAAAUCUGAGUUCUAUGUUAUGUUGGAUUCUUAAGCAUCAGUGUUUAGGGAGACAGCUAACGUGUUCUCUGGAUAAACGUUUCUGUUCGAGGCGUUUUUAAUAACACCCUUCAACCAUUUCUAAAUCUGAUUUCGAUGCCAUUCGAUGUUUGCAUUAGAUAGAAACAGAAGCUGACACAUCACGACCAAGGCCCCGUUCCACAAAGCGAUCUAAGCGCUAAGUCGAUCUUAACUCCCAUUCUUUAACACUGACUUUAGCGCUUUGUGGAACGGGGCCUUGGUCCUGAAUGCCCCAACACUUACCAAAUGAAAUUAAUAUCUUGAAGCAGUCCAACUUUUUGAGAUACCUCCAGUUUUAUUCUGGUAAAUCCGCAGCCUUCGAAAUUCACGCUAGGUCGCUAGCCCGAGACUACUAAGAUGUACUAGGGACAAGUAAAAAUGAUGACAAGUACUAUUUGAGGGUUAUAACAGUUCUCAAUGGUUUACUUAUACUACAACUUGGAAUUGAAUAAAACUGAUAAAAUAUA